AUCGAGCAAACCAUCUCUGAAGCACCGGGGAUACAGUGCUGAGACUUUCUUUUCUUAUCCUCAUUUCUCGAAGUCUCAUUCUUGCACUUGUGUUCUCGUCGUAGCGGCAGAGUGGCGACGUUUGCCGUUCCGGUUCCGGAAUCCCACUUCGGCGUCCUCCGGCCCGCUCUCUCUCCCCUCCCGUGUUUCUCAACACCAGCACCUGGGAGUAUCGUCAACAACACAACAAUGGGCUCCCUCAGUGUCACCAUCACCCUUCCCAGCCUCCCCUUCUGGCACAUCAACGUCCCCGAGACGGAACGCACGCCCCAGUGCCCGCCGUUCCUCCUCGGGCUCAACCCCAAAGACCUCCGAACCGUCUCAACGCCAGACUCGGAGUAUCGCAUCCAGACAUGGGAAGAGGUCUGCUACCUCAUCAGGACAAACAACCUGGAGCGAUUCCAGCGCGUCCCCUCUGAUCUGCGCCGCUACAAGGCCUUCACCUACCGCCUGGGCAAGAUUCAUGGCAGCAUCGCAAACUUCGUGCUGAGGGAGCGUCUGCGCUGGGACAUGCCAGUCGUGGCCCGCGGCGCCCCGUUCCAGUAUGACGAUGACUUCAAGAUCCUUCACAACGAUUGGCCCUAUGGCCUCGACCGUCGCAUCGUCCACCUGGUCGUCUGGACCAAGUUUGAGCUCAAGGCACGCUCUGCCACCGGAGACCUGACGGACAAGGCGAGGAAGGAGAUUGACGACUUUGUGACCAAGACAUUCCGGUCUCGAAUGCCUGCCAACACGGUCAUGUGGUUCAAGAACUGGGCUGCUCUGAAGUCGAUUCAUGCCGUGGAACACUUCCACGUCAUGCUCUUCAACCCGGAUCCCGAGUUCAUCAAGGAAAUCACAAACGGCGAUGUGCCUCAGUGUGACAAGGCCGAUAUUUAACGCGCAUACCUGACUUUGCCUGACUUAUGAUGAUUGAAUGAUUGUUUUUUCUUUUAAUGAUUUUGAUGUAUUGAUAGACCAGAUUGGAGUUUUCGUGUCCUUCGUUUACAGGAUAGAGGUUUGGAAUUACAAAAUAGAUGGUAGAAU